AUGAAUAAAAUAUUUGCUUUGAGAAAUUUUCGUCGUUUGGUUGACUUCAGAAGCAUAACAACUAGAAUUACGGCAGAAGGAAAAGAUGUACCCAAGACAAAGAAUACUGAAAAUAGAAUAACAUUAAUUGGAUCAGAUAAUUCAGUUAGUAUCACAGAUCUCAAGAGCGCUCAGAGUAUAUCACUUAGACGAGAAUUAAAAUUAGUUAAGAUUCAAGACAUUGACACAAAAACUAGGCGACCAGUAUAUAAGUUAUUAACAAAUGCUCAAUACCAUGAAGAGGAACUUGCUAAGAGAAAAGAAAAACAGGUUAAGAAAGAGAAUGAGUUGACAAAGGGGCAAAAGUUAAUUACUUUAUCAACUCGCAUUGCUGAAAAUGACCUUAUGACAGGUGUAAAGAAAAUGAUAAAGCUCCUAGAAAAACAAUAUGAAGUCAAGGUUGUUGUGUCAGGCGCAGAAGAAGACUCUACACAAAGCUUGGAAAAAAUAUAUGCAGUUAUUGAAAAGAAUAUCAAGUCUGUUGGUAAAGCUGUACAAAAGAGAAGCAAAGGCAACAAUUUGAAGUUUCAGAUGAUCCCCUUGAGAGAGAAGCCAUCUCAGGAUGAAAACCCUAGUUCACAGCAGAAACGUACGUCUCAACCCCUCUGCAAGGUGCCAGCGGAACAGUCCUCCGACGGGGCACGUACACGAAGUGCGUGGACUCCUGAAUACAAACAGAGUUUGUCCUUCUACGCAUAUAUGACAUACGCGUAUCGGUCAUUGUUGGCCGUUGGCAAAUCAGUGUUGAGGGUCCUGCCCCACGUUAGCAGAGGCGACACGGUGCCCACCACGGGCGCAGCGCGCGCUGCACCUUUUAUGAUGUCCUGG